AUGGAGGUGAACUGGAAACCUCUAGAAGCUGCGCCAGUGACUUUGCCAAAUGGAUUACCAGGUGUGCCCAGUGCAGCACCUAUGAGGCCACCGUCAACGGCUCCUUCAGUUCAACAUCAUGAACCUCAACAGAUACCACAAGUAAGUUUAUCUGCAGAAGAUCAAGCAAUAAUGGAUCGAUUCUACCAAUUGAUCCAGGCAGUUGUGUCGGUAAACCGAACACCGGUUGCUCUGCAUAAAGCCGAGGAAGCAAGAACACGGCUGGCUUGCGAGUUGGCACCGAGACUAGCUAGUGGAAGGGUAAGUAGAUCAGAUUUGGCGCAAAGUCCAAAAUUUCCUAAAUUUUUCCAAGUUGCAGUUGACCAUGGGUACACGGCAAUUGUUAUGGCAAACAUGUGA